AACCAUGACGUCACUGUCCUCACCAAUCGCAGAGCUCGCAGGACUGACGCUUCUAUCGCGAGGUUAUCACAUUAGCUUGGUUAGUUAGCUAGCCGCGAAUAGCUUGACUGUGUAGCCGCAUUUUACACUUUUAUAUUUCUAAGCAUUGAGACGACACGACGCAUUUCUGUUGUGAUUAUUGUCUUCUCACGCCUGUAAGAAAGAAUAGUCGCCAGGCCUUGUGUUUGCACGGAUCCCAAUGAUGAGUUAUGCUGAAAAGCCAGAAGACAUCACAAAAGAAGAGUGGAUGGACAAAUUAAAUAAUGUUCACAUACAGAGGGCGGACAUGAAUCGGCUCAUUAUGAAUUACCUGGUGACAGAGGGAUUCAAAGAAGCGGCGGAGAAGUUUCGGAUGGAGUCUGGGAUCGAGCCAAGUGUUGACCUGGACUCUUUGGAUGAAAGGAUAAAGAUUAGAGAGAUGAUCCUGAAGGGACAAAUACAGGAAGCCAUUGCACUCAUCAACAGCCUACACCCAGAACUGCUUGACACCAACCGAUACCUGUAUUUUCAUCUGCAGCAGCAACAUUUGAUUGAGUUAAUCAGGCUAAGGGAGACUGAGUCAGCGCUGGAGUUUGCCCAGACACAGUUAGCCGAGCAGGGGGAGGAGAGCCGCGAGUGUCUGACAGAGAUGGAGCGAACACUAGCUCUUCUGGCCUUUGACAACCCAGAAGAGUCGCCCUUUGGAGACCUGCUUAACAUGAUGCAGCGGCAAAAGGUGUGGAGUGAGGUGAACCAAGCUGUGCUGGACUAUGAAAACAGGGAGUCGACGCCUAAACUGGCUAAACUCCUGAAGUUACUGCUGUGGGCACAGAAUGAGCUGGACCAGAAGAAGGUGAAAUAUCCCAAAAUGACUGACCUUAGCACGGGCACCAUCGAGGACCCCAAGUGAACAUACCAGACAAGAACAACCACUUUCCACGUCCCCUUAAUUUAUGAUCAGUCAGUGACUGUGUGACAACCAGGUAACACAUAUGUAUAAACAAAUGCUACAUUGUUUUUUUUCAAGUUUCAUUCAUGACAGAUAAAACAUAAUUCAUUGUGCAAACUGUAAAUUGCUGUAUUUGCAAAUUGACAGAAAUUAUUUAGAUUAAAUACUAAUCCUGGAUUUUUAGAUGGAUCUUGGAGACGGCACAAUUCAAAUUGCUGUUUUUAUAUUUUGUCUUUCUAAAGCCUAAGCCAGUAGUAGUAUUUAUUGUGAUCAUUUCCCCCGAUUUUCCACCGAGACUUCGUUUUUGCCAGAGAGAGAGAGAGAGAGAGAGAGAGAGCGAGAGAUGAUGGUAUGAAUGAACAAUAAAUGUUAAUACUGUGGUACGCGUGGAGCCAAGAUCUAGGCUCCCCAGGAUGGAGCGGAGUACAACCAUUGGUUUAAACUUUGAAACAGCAGACACACGGUUGAUGAUGCACUGCAAGAGUCUAGAUUGUUUCAAAUCAGAAAUAAGUUUAAAAUUUAAAUUUCAUACACUGAGUAUUUUUCAAUUAAAUGGAAAUAUACACGUUAUUAAUGUAAUAUAGUUUUAAUUAAUAUGCUAUUUUAUGAUUUGUUGUACAUUUACAAUAUGUCUAUGGGAUGGACUGCCUUGCAAAAUGAUCAUGUUGUGUGUUUGAGAGGGUGAAAUAUCUGACUAAUGGGUUGAAAUCAGAGAUGGCUUCCUGAGUAUUAGCCUUUUGGCCUUCUGAGCCUACAGUAUGAACCACACUCAACAUGCUCCAAAUGGUAAUGUUUGGUUUCAUGUUACAAGAGAUUAGGAUCAUCUUUUGUCAAUCCCAUGAUGGAGGGAAGAUUUCAACGUUGCUUCAAAGAGCUAUGUCCAUUAAGAAAUGCAAAUGAGUGACGGUGCCAAUUACAGCAACUCUGUAGUUUGAAAACUCAUUUAAAAUCUGUUCAGACUGGAACGGAUUCUUUUGUUCAUUGGCUCUGUUUUGGUACUUAAUAAUUAAUGAUCAAAAGCAUUACAAUUUUGAAUUUGAUCAGGCAUUUGGAAAAAGUCACAGAACCUGCUGCCCAUUUUGCCACUUUUAUAGCCAUUAGUAUUUUCACUUUAACUGCAUGUAAGUAUCUUUUUUUUUUUUUUUUUUUUUUUUCUUCAGUGGGGAAAGGCUCUUGUGCUUGUUUAUUUUGUUUACUUUUAUAUAUAAAAACCAACAAACCUGCUGCUAGUUGUCCAUCCUUCAUUUCUUUUAAGGUUGUAUUGUCUUUAUACAUGUUGGCUUUGACAAAUACUGAGACCCAGAGAGCUCACAUCCCUUUUAUUAUUCAACAUUUUUAAGAUCAGAUUUGCAAUUAUUAAAAUAAACAAACUUUUGUCAACCAUA